AUGUUUCAAUUUGUUAACAAAUUGGCUUUGGUUAUUCUAUGUAUCAUCGGAUUUAUAGAAUUCGGAUUAGCUCUAUGGACAAUUCUCGAAGAUCGGUACAAAAGUUUAGCAUACAAUCUUGCUGACGUCGGAUAUAUUGAUCUAUGGAUAUUGCGAUACGUAUCGAUGUGUUUGUUGGCGUCAUCGAUUAUAACCUUAGUCAUGUGUUUAAUUUUAAUUUGGGGUUUAUAUUCAGCACAUGUGUUUAUAUUCAUUUCGACAACGAUGGUGGCUUUGGUUCUUAUUGCAGAACUGAUUAUAUCAAUGAUCACUUUGGCAAGUAAAUUUCAAACGAGAUUAACAUUACAGGAACAAUUACCAAAAUUAGUGAUCACAUAUCGGCAAGGUAAUGAUGAACGAGCGAGUCGUGCUUUGGAUAUUCUUCAAAGUUCUUUUCAAUGUUGCGGAUCUGAUGGACGUUUAUCAUUUCAAAAUAACGUUCCUUUAAGUUGUAACAUGUUCAGUGUUGGAUGUCUGACACGUACAAUGAUGUUUCUCGACGAUAGUAUGGAUGCAUUGGCUUACGUUCUCCUAUUCUUUAGUCUACUUAAAUUAUUUAUUGUUAUCUAUUUCUAUUCAUUCCUUUGUAUUCAUCAACGGCAUCAACGAAAACAUCUGGACAAUAGUCGACAAUCGAUCAAUGAUCCUUCUCAAUGGCGUCAUUCAUCAAGCUUCGACUCGUCAUCAUCAGAGAAUCUUCCCAAGAAAAUUCCGUUCGCGUCUCCAGCAAUGGCAAAUCAUCAUGAUAAUGAUUUCGUCGAAAAACGACGUGUUAUUCUCAACGAUUAUGAUUCUCAUUUACCGGAUAAACGAGUUCAGAAUGCCGCUCCGAUUCUUUCUAUACCAAUUCUACAUUCUACUGCUGCACUUUCAACGCCAUCGUUCGAACAGCAGGCAUUACGCAAACUUUCAUCCAUCUCGGAGAAAACAGAAAGAACUGAGACAGACGAUAGCGAGCCUGAUAUUUUGCGUAUUAGACAAUAUAAUUCCAAACGGAAGAUGAUCAUUACUGCUGCCAAUCAAAACCAACAACCGCCGCCAUUACCGAAGAAGCUACCAACUAUUCACAAUCGACACAAGCCAAUAGGUGACGAUGAAAUCGAUCAAGAUUCAGGUGUUGAACAUUCGUCAUCUGAAAAAUCUUUCGACGAACAAAACAGUAGCAAACGUCGAUCAGAUACUCCGACAUCCGUUGAUACAAAUAGCAAAUCGACUGCUUCAAUCAAGAAGUCAACUGUCAAACCUCCGCCAACGUUGAGCUUCUCCAACGUGUUUGUCACAUCCGUUUCUCACGGCGAUACACCUGAGAAAUCUCAAGAUGUUCCAGUAAAGAAACCUCUGACUGCAUCUCCGUCGACGUCUUCGUCAUUUUCUGAUCAACUAUUAUUAUCUGAUGUCGCGACACCUAAACCAAUUUUGAAAAAAUCGAAUCAACAAACGUCGCCAUCGAGUGAUCAGGAUCGCAUUCCACCGAGCUACGACGAUCAAAAGAAAUUCUCGUCGGUUAUUAAUACAAAGCCUUGCGUGAAAUUAAAUGAGCUACAAACGAACAAUUCAACGAAGAUCUAUGUACCAUAUAAACCUAAAGCAAAUCCUCCUCCUGCACAUAAAGUUCCAAAGCCAGCCCCACGUCCAAGUUUAAAACAAUCAUCAACGGACAAACACCAUGAAAGUCUCGUGUAA